AUGGAUGAAAAAAAAGAAGAAGAAUCAAGACCUGUAUUGGAAAGCUCAAGUGAAUGCUUUAGUCCAGUCCCGAUUGAUAAGACUACAAAACCGGCCGGUGUCUCAAAUAACAGGGUCCUUUGUUUUGGUAGAAUCAUCCAAACAUGGACCGAACUAUCUAGAAUAAAUUACGUGUCUACUUUAACUCUAGAUAACUUAACUAAAGAACAGCGCUUUCAAAGCAUAAGUUUUCUACCAAGUUUUCCUAAAGUUGCUACGCUCGAUACACAGAUAACGGGAGAUGUUUACAAAGACAGUAUUGUUUCUGAACACUUACCCCUUAGUAGGAUUUCGCUUUUAAAUGAUAAUCAAUUAUGGGGUUGUUUCUACAACUUCCCGGAACUAUACAAUGACAUUUACUCUCCGAUCGUUCAUAUAAGAAAUAUUUCGGAUGUUCCUGAGAUUGUUGACGGAGUACUAACGAGGGACAUGGUCACUGCCUGCCUUAGCUACUUGAAACGUUCCCCUAUCAUGCAAGACUAUGUCUAUAUUAAAUUAAAUUUAUCAUCUAAAGGAUUAGUUAAUAUUGAUGUACUAAAACAUUAUAAAUAUCUUGUUUAUCUUGACUUGUCAUCUAACUUACUAAUGGAUUUAACCGUACUCUCCAAUCUUCUGUACUUACAAUAUAUCUGCGUAGAUUUCAACAAAUUAAAAUCUGUUCUGGAUUAUGAAACACCUCAAUGGUUUUUAACUGAAGUUCAUUAUAAGUACAAUUCCGUAAUGAACAUUCGUGACUUAAAAGAUUUUUGGUCGAUCACGGUAUUGGAUUUAUCUCAUAAUAAUAUAAAAUGUAUAGAUGGACUGCAAAGCUUACGAUAUUUGCGACGUCUCGAUCUCUCGUUCAAUCGAAUACAACGUUUGGAAAAUUUGAAUCACCUACGUCUAACAUGGCUAGACGUUUCUCACAAUAACAUAUCAAGUUUUGAAUCUGGACCGGGUGCAGGACUUUGGACCUUAUUGCAUCUGGAAUAUCUCAACUUAAACGAGAAUAAAUUAACUUCAAUGAAGAUAUUUUCUGGUUGUACGAGAUUAAGACAUCUCCACGCCUGCAAUAACGGUUUUAGCGUGCUAUUAGAGCUAGCGAUAUAUAUGAGUACUUUGAGAGGUUUGAUCCUUCUUGACCUACGCUCUAAUCCCAUCUGCAACAUACUCGGUUACAAGGACGCAGUUUACAACACAUUCCCUUUAAUACUACACUUAGACGCCAAGGAUGUCGACCCAGUAGAACAGCGAACAUCUAAGAUGGACUUGUCACCUAAUGUCAUCACGUUUGCAACACGUCGUCUGCUUCGCUUGCUGUACAUACAACAGUUGUCCAGAUCUCGUGUCUCUCCAUUUACUCCUCCAGGAGACACCACCGAUGUACCUAUAGUCGUGUUUGUAGGAUACGAAACUGUUGGAAAAGGAUCAUUGGUUCGUCGUCUGGCGAAAGAAUGCAGCUUACAUAUAGAAUUGGCAUUGCAGCAUACAACGGCUUGCCACUUCUUAGACCACUACAAAGUUAUAACGAGGCGUAAGUUCGACGAUAUGCUCCUCGCUGGCGAUCUGCUAACUUACAGCGAAAUGGACGCGGAAUCGUAUGGGCUAAGUCGCGAAGAAGCUUAUGUAAAAAAUGGAAAAGUAAAAGUCGUGACUAUGGAUUUAAUAGGCGCUUUAAUGUUGAAACUACGAGGGUAUAGACCAUAUAUGAUAUUAGCUUCAUACUCUGACAAAGAAAGCCUAUCGCGUAGACAACUGGAACGAAAGAAAGCCAGAAAUUUGAUAUAUGAAAAGACUGCCACGGAAUCUCCGAUUGAAAUAUCAACAUUACAAGUAUUACUGUCUGGUCGGAUAAUCAUAAAUGGUAUACUUAAUGAGAUAAUUCAGACAUUAUCAGAUGAUGAAGAAAACCUAGACUUUGUGAUGGAUUCAAAAUGUUCUAUAAUGAUGGACAGCAAAGACCGAAUGAAAAAUGUGGUCAAGGGUGUGGACAGAAUUGCCAUGACUAUUUCUAGUUCCGUGUCCCUUGACAGUAAUAGUAAUCAUGAUAAGAGUAGUCUUCUUGAUUCUGGUUUACCAGGGAGCAGGAAAUCUUCUAAAUCUGUAGCCUUUACGUCUCCUGAGAACACAGAGCUCGGUGAUAGAGAAAUGAGCCCUUCAGAAAUAUUGUUUAGUCCAGAACCAGAAAAAGAGAGGGAGAAUUUGCUAAUGAAAUCAAUUAGUGCAAAGGUAGCGUGGCCGCACGCAGAUGGCAUCAAACCGCAUGACGACCUCUGGCUCGCGUUUCUGUUAGGAAACGGCCUAUUGCACACAGACAAUUUGACCAAUAGGCGCGGUGAUACUCAAGCAGAUGGCUCUGGUCAUGUCAAUCAUCUGGAGAAUAAUGUUAAGUUACCAGCAGAAAAUUUCACUACAAGCAUAAAAUACGACUAUGAAGAAAUACAUCGAAAUUAUCCUGGAUUAUUCUGGGAUACUGUAACUAUGGACGAUCCUGAUGCAGCAUUUAAAAAAGCUAAAAUAAUCAUCCGAAAUAUUGUUAACUCUCAGAAAAGUUUAAAACCAAUGUUUGAUAUAGAUUUUUCGAGCUUAAAAUCAUACCCGACUGUGGAAAAAAAGCUUAAAAUCAUCUGUAAACAAAUUGCUCCACAAAGAUUGUUUUACUAAAAUAAACAAAAUGACAUAAAA